CUUCCAAGCAAUAGGGGCCAGCCGUCCAACUGUCCAAGCCCAAAAACACAGCCCAAACUUCGAAAUUCCAAAUACAUCUCCACAGACCAUGAGACCACGGUCCCCAGCGGCACAGCAAGGACGCACACCCAGGCCGCUGAUCGGCAGUCGACUCGGCCGCCCCAUCAGUUCGUAACUUCCAUUUCCUUCAUCCAGGCCCAAUUUUUUUCGUUGCACAGGGUCUCCAUUUUCUCAGCCCUUCCCACACUCUCAACUCCGGGUGAUUGAAAAGCAAAAGAGGAACUUUCUAUUCCCUCUGUCUGUUUUACAUCCUCUGUGAUACUCCCGAGAAACACAUUUGGAAGAUGGUGCGGUUACAGCCCGACCCAUUCCUCAAUGAACUUACAAGCAUGUUCGAGCGAACUAUGGAAAAGGGCUCUGUUUGGGUCACACUAAAGCACUCUUCUGAUAAGUCCAAAGCCCAACGAAAUAAACUGAAGACUUCUGGUGAAAAAAUUGAAUAUAAGUGCCUUAUUCGAGCAACUGAUGGAAAAAAGAACAUUUCUACCAUGGUAGGCCCUAAAGAUCACCAGCGUUUCCAAGCUUCCUACUCAAUUUUACUGAAGGCUCGAAUGACUGCUUUGAAGAAGAGGGAGAGGAAGGACAGGAAAAAGGCUGCAAACCCUGAGAAGAAACAAGAAGGUUCCAAGAAGCAAUCUGCUGCUACCAAGGCUUCAUCCUGAAUCAAAGUUUUUCUUGCAUCUUUUCCCAGCUAUGUCUCGCAGGAUAGGGGAGUAAAGUUAUCUCCGCUGACACCCACAUUCUGGUCCUUGCAACCAGUGAGAUGAUUCAGGAUUUGUUUCCAAGGAGUGCAGUUUUGUUGGAUUACUAUAUUAAAUUAUACGUAAUACUAUAUCAAUAAUUUGAUUCUCGUUUUUUUUCCUUCCAAAACAUACUUUGUUAAUACAAUAUAUUCAACUCUAUUAGAAAAACUGGAAAUGAAAUUGGAAUUAAUUCAUUAUUGCACAACACCCAACUGUGCCGUUGACUUUUCG